UUUCAACGCAUGCGCAUUAAAAUUCUGUGUGCUGCAACAGCAGUUUUACUGUCAGUUACAACUUGGUUAUGAUUUGACGUAUUGACGGCAUGUCAAAAUCGGCAUGGAUUCUUCUGUUGAUUAUUUUUCAGUUCUUUUAUUUGAUUGGAAAUGUGGUUGGUUCAAUAGGUGACAAAUCGCAGAUAUACAAGCAAUGUCUAGCAUUGUGUCUCGCUAGGAAUUGUAAAAAUGAAACAACUUUUAAGGAACAACCUCCUUUAUCAUUGAUUUUGUUACACUGGUCCUGUAAGGAAGAUUGCAGUUAUACUUGCACAUGGAAGACUGUUGACUCCUUUGUAUCUCAUGGUUUAAAAAUACCUCAGUUUCAUGGAAAAUGGCCAUUUAUUCGCUUAUUUGGAUGUCAGGAGCCUGCAUCAGUUUUAUUCUCUGUAUUAAAUUUUUAUGCGCAUUGGGUAAUGCAUAAAAAAUUUAGAAGAAAAGUAAAUCGAACCAACCCUAUGUUCUAUGUUUGGGAAUAUUUCAGCAUUAUAUGUUUAAAUGGAUGGUUUUGGUCCACUAUAUUCCAUUCACGAGAUAGACCAUUUACAGAAGCCAUGGAUUAUUCUUGUGCAUUCACUAUGGUACUUACAUUGUUAUAUUGCAUGCUUUUAAGAAUAACAUACAAAAACAAUAGAGCAUUUGUUAUAAUAACUAGUGGAUAUCUAAGCAUUUUAUAUAUACAUUUAUCACACUUAUGGUCAGGCAAAAUUAAUUACGGUUAUAAUAUGAUGCUUAACAUAACAUUAGGUUUGACGACCUUUGCAAUAACAUUGUUAUGGUGGUAUUUUAAUCGCAAUAAUUCUCAUGUACAUUUAAUUGGUUGGUUCAAUACAUUAACUGUUUUUGUGACUCUGCUAGAACUGGCAGAUUUUCCCCCUAUCUUUUGGAUAUUCGAUGCUCAUUCCUUAUGGCAUGCCAGUACUGUUCCUUUAACGGUAUUAUUGUAUAGGUUUAUGAUCUCAGAUUGCUGUUAUUUAAAAAUAUAUUACAAUAAAUUACAGUCUAGAUUUUAAUUAUUAUAUAAAAAAUUAUAUUUUAAAUAUUAAUUUUAUUAUUAUAUAUGUGCAAUAAAUCUUUUUACAAUAUAUAUAAUAGUAGAUAUACUCCCCAGGAUGA